AUGGCGACUGGCAAGAAGAGUUAUCCCCGGGCGACUUUGCGCAAAAUCGUCAAGGCGCACUCGAGAAAGAAUGUGAGCAAGGGAGUAGAUUCGUUGGUCUUUUUGAACUACGUCUUGUUCAUCGAAGAGUUGAUGCAAAAUGCGACCAGGAAAGCACGCAAUGAUGGAGAGAAGUCUAUUGCAGCAAAAGACAUCAGAAAAGUCACCAUGGUGUACUACUUUGCGGCGAUUCAAGGGUUGAAGCUGCAUAGCGAGGAACCAGGACACUUCGACUCUUCGUCUGUCUUCCUUUGGCUGGCGCAUCACCACCGAGGUCAGCACUCUGAAGGAUACGGCCAAGGAGAUAACGAGAUGCCGCCGACACUCACGAUAUUCGAAUCGUCAAAAGAGAUUGCACAGUGCAUCAUACUGCACACUCUUGAUGGAACAGACAGCAAAUUGUGGCUCAGGCACGCACUGUGCGAAAAGGCCAUCCACGUCCCAAGGCAGAUCUUUGAUAUUCAACGAUCGCAAGGCGCGAAAAUGCUGAAGACUUCAUCAACUUAG